AGCCGAACCGGAGCCGGGGCGCUCAGCCGGGGCAGUGUGCGCAGGCCCGGGGCACUCGGUGGGCUGGGGUGCCUCCCGCGCCGGCCCGCCCCCGCCGCGCUCCCCGCCCACACCCGCACUUCCGCGGUCGCCGGCUUCCCGGAGCCCAGACGCAGCCCCUGAGUUGUCCGGCAGCUUCUGUCGGGUCAGCCGGCGUGAGGAUCUCGCGGCGGCGUGUAGUCUGCCCCGCUCGGCCGUUGUGCGCCUGUCCGCUCGCCUGCCCGGCGGGCCGGCUGAGCUCCCUCACGUGUUCCCCGGCAGGUCCGGGGGGUCCGGGCACCGCCUCCACGGCGGCCCCGCCGGACGCGCGGUCGGGGCCGCAGCCCGAACCUGGAGCGGACGGCGUCAUGAGGCACCUGCCGUAUUUCUGCCGCGGCGAAGUGGUGCGGGGCUUCGGCCGCGGCUCCAAGCAGUUGGGCAUCCCUACAGCUAACUUUCCUGAACAAGUAGUAGAUAAUCUUCCAGCUGAUAUAUCUACUGGCAUUUAUUAUGGUUGGGCCAGUGUUGGAAAUGGAGAUGUCCAUAAGAUGGUGGUGAGCAUAGGAUGGAACCCAUACUACAAGAAUACUAAAAAAUCCAUGGAAACUCAUAUCAUGCAUACUUUCAAAGAGGACUUCUAUGGGGAAAUCCUCAAAGUGGCCAUCGUUGGCUACCUCAGACCAGAAAAGAACUUUGAUUCUUUAGAGUCACUUAUUUCAGCAAUUCAAGGUGAUAUUGAAGAAGCUAAGAAACGACUGGAUUUACCAGAACAUUUGAAACUCAAAGAAGACAAAUUCUUCCAGAUUCCCAAAAGCAAGAUAAUGAAUGGCCACUGAUGGAAAAAUCAUCUUAUUUAUUCAUUCACUGUUUCCUAAUAUUUUACUGCUCAUAACUCUGCAGUCUCAUUUUGGUUAUAUUUUAAAAAACAAACAUUUUCCUACAGCUGUGAAUUAGUUUAAACAGUGCAAUGUAGUUAUCAUAUUAUGUUCCAGCUGUUCAAUUAAACCCAUCAUGUCACAGUACUAAAAAAGUUUAUUUUAAAAAAUCAAGAUUUUUAUGUAAUAUGUUGAUUAAAAUAUACCACUAGAAAGGUCUUAAGUGUCUUAUAAUGGAAAUGAAAUAUGUAUAAAUAUGGGUAACAGGCAGGUCAUUAGUCUGAAAUGAGAACAAUAAUUCUCAUGGUAAAAUUCUAGCAUGCGUGUACUUGUAUAGCAUGCUCUGCUGAUCAGAAAGCUUAUAAAAGUAACUGUAUUAAGCAGAGGUUUGACAGUUUAUUAUAAACCUAAGGGGAAAAUCCAGACUUCAUAUUUUUUAUAUUUUGGGCAUUUAUGUAUUAUUAAAGACAUGAAUACUGGUGAAAGUUCAUUUUAAUUAGUCAUUUCCUUUAAGGCCUCAAAUCAUUGUACUGUGUUCCAUUUUUCGUUUCAGCUGCCUCAGUUCUAGUUGGUCUAGACUCCCUGCCCUUUAUUUGUUUUUCUUUUAAAGCAGUAAAAUGAGUGUUUUUCAUAUCUCUAGGUCUCAUUUUUGUGUUGUAUAGCACUUCUGUCUUUUUAAGAGUAGAUAUUCUUCAACAUGUUUCUUUAACCUUUGUUUCCUGUAAACAAUGGUCAGCGUUGGUUUUUCCAUUUACAAAAUGUAGAGUUUCAUCUGCGUCUGAAUCUGCCAUUCCACCCCUUCACUAUAUGAACAGUAGUGAAGUUGCCUAUCUCUUGUUUUUAAGAAAAAACACCCCAAAACUUCAUCUUUAGGUUUUCUCAAAGUUUAAAUGAACAAACAGUUCAUUUAUAUAUACCAGUUUCCUAAAGUAAGAUGCUUAUUUCUCCCUGCCAGAGGAAAAAACUUAUUUAAGAGCCAACUAAACUAUGAAGUAGAAAGUUACUGAUUUUUAAUGUGAUCAUAUGUUCCUGAGCAAAUACAAACUGUUGCAGUGGUGUGCACACAAUGUAAUUUAAGGCUAAAGAAUGCUUGUGGUUGGGGGGAAGGCAUAAGUAAUAAAGUUUCAGUUAAAUAAUGUUCAUGCUAUGCAUUUCUUCCUCCUGCUGACUACUAGGAAAUGAUUCUUAGCCACUCAAGACUUCUGUUUAUAUUGGCAAAACAAAAACAGGUAUUUGGGAUAUUUAGGAAAUUGAGACUACAGAUUGUUUUGGUUUUUGUAGCACAUUGUAAACUUGUUCACUUUAACACCAGAUUUGGGGAGGGGAUUGGGGGCAGAAGUAUCGAAAUGGUAAUUUUAAAGAUAACUCAUUAUAAAAUCUUUUUCUCCUAAUCUGCAUAAAUGAGAACUGAUUGGAACAAAGCUGUUUGUAUAAUAUUUAGAAAAGCAUCUAAAGCUAAUGUUGGAGAAGGGGGGAAGCAUGAGUAAAAGCAGUUGGAUUGUUUUUAAUUUUGAUGUAUGAAUUUAUGGCAAUGUAAUCUGUCUUUUUCAUUUCUUUAUAGAAAUACUUAGGAUAUGUAAUUUAAUGUCAGAAAUCCUAUACUUGAAAGAAGCCUCGAUUAUCAGUGGCUCUCUGAAACACACUUAAAAACAACAUGGAAAGUGUAAAAACAUUUGUGUUUGAAUAGCUUGCUGCUGGUUAUGUCUUCAUUAAGUGUGAAAAUUGUUUGAUAUUGUCACCUUACGUCUUAUUAAAUAACUUGCUUUUGAAAAUCAUAUAGUGUGUGGUUUAGAAGUUAGUUAAUAGUGUCUACAUUUUUUUAAGUUUUAUAUUAUGUAUUUAUACAUUAUAAGAAAUUGCAGUAGGGCCUUUUUCUAUUAGUCAAUAUUUUCAGGCCUUGAAAUAAAUCUUGACCAAGUGAUGUUUCUUCUU